AUGACGGACAGACAUGACAGUGAGAAAAGGCAAAGAAAGGAAAACUUCACGCCACGAGAAAUACAAAAACUCGUCGAUCUGGUGUCCGUGAGGUGGAAACUGAUAAGCAGCAAGUUUGGGGAUAAUGUGACUCUUGAACGAAAAAACAAGGCCUGGAAAGAAAUUACCCUUAAAAUUAACAGUAUUUCGCCAUGCCUUCGAACUAAGGAAGAGUUGAAGAAAAAAUGGGACGAUCUCAAACUGAAUGCGAAGAAGAAGGCAUCAAAGAAGACGCGUUCGGUGGCUGUAACAGGGAAUCUACCCCUAGACGACCCGUCCUCGGGUGACAAUUGUGCCAGUGGUGGAGGAAUGUCAUGUAGCCUCAACAACAUGGACGAGAGGAUUGUUGGACUAAUGGGCAAUGACCUUGUCCAAGGCAUUGAUGGAGGGUACGGCUCGGCAGCCAGACAAACCACACCCAAAAGCAGGACAAAGACUGUGAAGUCGCCAACUAUGAUGUCACCAAGUCACGGCGCAUCAGGUAGUGACGCAUCAGGUAGUGAUUUGGAUGACUUUGAUAUCUCGCAAGGCAGCCCCACUUUUGGCAUCACAUCGAAGAGGUCGAAGAAUAAUCCGCAUUAUGAAGGGUCUCCAAUUAAAAGCCCAACACCACCACCGUUUGAGAGAACGCAAAUGCAAGUGAAGCACCAGCCCUGCGUCAAAAGACCAAAUGCGUCUGCUGCUGUCGGGGUUGCCAUCGGGACACCAGAAGCGAAAUCCUCUAAGACCGCACCUCCCCCAACGCCAACUGCCGAACUGGUCACCACUGAGAAACAACGCCUGGAAAUCUACAAGCAGCGGCUAAAGCUUGAAGAAAAAAGAACGAAGUUGACAGAGACGGCUGUAGAAUUGCUUCAAACCUUGGUGUCUAUUGAGAAAGAUAAAGUGAAGGGCAAUGAAAAUCGUGUAGACAAAUCAAAGGAUGAUGUACAUGUACCUGUUAAUAUUUUUGAGCAAUUUAAAAAAAGGAAGCAGACCAAGAAGUAAGUUGUGGGUCUCAGUAUAUUUCAUUAAAUUUUGCCCUUCACAUCUGAAAGAAUGGACUGGUCUAUUUCAACACGGAAGUGCGGUAAAUAUAUACGACUGGCGGUAAGCCAAU